AGAUCACUUCUUAUCGGAUUCGCCAUUUUACUGUUGUUUGGUAGGUGCUGUAGUAGUAGCAGUCGAACAAAAAAAUUUUAAAGUUGUAAGAAAUUGAGAUUUAUUAAUACUUAAAUAUAAUGGAUCCCGAAUCUAAACCUGAUACAACUAAUAUUAAAGUUGAAUCAUCAACAAAUGAUACUACUUUAGUAGUACCAGAAAAUACCAACAAUUUCAAUCGACAAGAACGCCGUGGUGGCGGUGGAGGAUCUGGUGAGAGAUUUGGUAGAGGAGGAAGAUUUGGUGGCCCCAGAGGAGGCGGAGGCGGCUCUGGUCAGAAUCAGAGAGAAGGCAGAAACUAUGAUAACAGGCGUGGUCGUGGUGGUAAUUAUAGUGGUGGCUUUGGCGGUGGAAGAAAUAUGAAAAAUGAUGAAGAUGGAGGAGAAAACCAGGAAGAUGGAGGUCAUCAAGGUGGCCGUGGGCAUGACAGACAUGACCGAAAUGACCGUGAUGGUGGUAUGCGUGGAAUGAGAGGACCAAGAGGUGGAAUGAGGGGGCCAGAAGAUAAAUUCUUGGAUAGAGUACUCCAAAUUUCAGGACCCACUUUUGAUUUACCCCCAAUUGAAAUGGCUGAAAAGAAAUUUAAUGGAAGAAACAGAUUGUACAUAGGAAACAUUGGAUCUGAAGUAACAGAAGAAGAAUUAUUAGAACUGUUCAAACCCUAUGGAGAAACAGCUGAAGUUUUUGUUAAUAAAGAGAAAAACUUUGGUUUCAUUAAAUUGGAUUACCAUAGCAAUGCAGAAAAAGCAAAAAGAGAACUUGAUGGCACCGUAGUUAAAUCUCGUAAUUUGAAGAUAAGAUUUGCUCCAAAUUCUGCUUCAAUUAAAGUUAAAAAUCUUACGCCCCAUGUUACCAAUGAAUUGCUACAUUAUGCCUUCUCUAUUUUUGGAGAGAUCGAAAGAGCCAUUGUAUCUGUUGAUGAGAGAGGAAAACCCACAGGAGAAGGUGUUAUUGAUUUUUCCCGCAAAGGAUCUGCACUUCAUGCCAUUAGAAAAUGCACAGAUGGCUGUUUCUUUAUAACUGGAUCACUUCGACCUGUCAUAGUCGAGUUAUUCGAUAUUGUUGAUGACAUUAACGGAUAUCCAGAGAAAAAUGUUAACAAAAAGCAUCCCGAAUUUAUGAAAGAAAGAGAACAAGGUCCAAGGUUUGCUGCUACUGGAUCUUUUGAAAAUGAGUACGGUAUGAGAUGGAAACAGUUGUAUGAUCUACAUGCACAAAAAGAAGAAGCUCUUAAAAAAGAAUUAGAACUAGAAAAAGAAAAACUGAUAGCACAAAUGGAGUAUGCUAGAUAUGAACAUGAAACAGAAAUGCUAAGAGAUCAAUUGAGGGCUAGAGAAAUGGAUAAAGAUCGACAAAAGAGGGAAUGGGAAAUGAAGCAGAGGCAAGUGGAAGAAGAGAGACUCCGGACUGAAGAACAGAUGAGAAAAUCGCAAGAAAAUAUGGAAUCAAGAAUAAUGGCGCAACAAGAAGAGCUAAGAAGAAGGCAGCAAGAAAACAAUCUUUUUAUGCAAGCACACAAUUUGGAUUCUAUACUAAAUCAACAAGAGCAAGUAUAUGAAGCACCGUCUGGAUAUAGCCAAAAUAUUCAAGAUGACAAUGGAAUCACGGAUCCAAAAACGUUCAUGAGCUCGUAUGAGCGCCACGGUGGCAAUCGCUAUGAACGUGACAGUUCACGCACGAAUCAAGGAGGUGUAAAUAAUAACAGAGGCAGCGGACAUUGGGUCAACGAUAGUCGACGUGGUGACGAUUUUCCUAAUAAAAGGCGCCGAUUCUAAGAAGUUAAUUAAUCUGCUAAAUUGUCCUCCAGCUAAAUAUCUAACAUUGGUUACAAUGUGAUAUUUCAUUUGAUGAAUAAACUCAUUCUACGUACUUUCAAAUUUUUGAAAUUUAUUACAGCAUUAUCAUCAGGUUUGAAAAUUUCAUAUAUGCGAUAAAACGGUUUCAAAUCAUGUUGAAUUAAUUAAUUAAGAUAGGAAUUUAAGUUUUUUCAUUAAUCAAUGUUAUCAUUUGUGUGGAUGUUGAGUAAUUAGUUUACAUAUUGUAUGUAUUUAAUAAAUUGUGACAAUUUCUUUUUACAAGUACAGGUAAAAUACAAAUUUAAUUUUAAAAA